GGGGCGUGGCCCGGGUCGGAGGGGCGGGGCGGCCCUCCUUCCCCUCGGGUCACGCGCGGCCGGAAGUGGCGCCCGCAGCGGAGUAUUGGCGAUGGGGACUUCCCUGGACAUUAAGAUUAAAAGAGCGAACAAGGUUUAUCAUGCCGGGGAGAUGCUCUCAGGUGUGGUGGUUGUAUCUGGUAAGGACUCGGUCCAGCAUCAGGGAGUCUCUCUGACGGUGGAAGGAUCCGUGAACCUACAGCUCAGCGCCAAGAGUGUGGGUGUGUUCGAAGCUUUCUAUAAUUCCGUUAAGCCUAUCCAGAUCAUCAACAGCACCAUCGAGAUGGUGAAGCCAGGGAAAUUUCCCCCCGGGAAAACAGAAAUUCCUUUUGAAUUUCCUCUGCAUGUGAAGGGUAACAAGGUUCUGUAUGAGACCUACCAUGGCGUGUUUGUCAACAUUCAGUACACCCUGCGCUGUGACAUGAGGCGGUCUCUGUUGGCCAAGGACUUGACAAAGACCUGUGAAUUCAUCGUUCACUCUGCUCCUCAGAAGGGGAAACUGACUCCGAGCCCUGUGGACUUCACCAUCACACCUGAAACCUUACAGAAUGUCAAAGAGAGGGCCUUGCUCCCCAAAUUUCUCAUCAGAGGACAUCUCAACUCAACCAACUGUGUCAUCACACAGCCACUAACAGGAGAGCUGGUGGUGGAGAGCUCGGAGGCCGCCAUCAAGAGCAUAGAGCUGCAGCUGGUGCGCGUGGAGACCUGCGGGUGUGCAGAAGGGUAUGCCCGCGAUGCCACGGAGAUCCAGAAUAUCCAGAUCGCCGACGGGGAUGUCUGUCGGGGCUUGGCUGUCCCCAUAUACAUGGUCUUCCCCCGGCUCUUCACCUGCCCUACGCUGGAGACCACCAAUUUCAAAGUGGAAUUCGAGGUGAACAUCGUUGUGCUGCUCCACGCUGAUCAUCUCAUCACGGAGAACUUCCCGCUGAAGCUCUGCAGGAUGUAGUGGGAGGAGGGGCCCAACGAGAGUGGCCGAUGGAAGUGCAGCUGGUGCCCAACCUGCACGGGAGCAAGCCAGCAGCAUGUGCUGUUUCCUGAUGAUUCUGUAGCAGAAAUCAGUCUGACCCCUCAGACCACAGCCACCCUUCUUCCUCAUUUCCUCCAGGCUGCUGCCUCCAGUGGGCACUUCUCAUCAGACCUUUCCUUUGGAAUUCAUGAGGAUUACAUAAUGUCGUUGGCCAGAUCGUUUCCUGUGACUCCUGACUCACCUGCCCCUUGUGAGGGCAGAACAGGUGUAACAGCAAUUUGAGCCUUGCUGGAAAGUGAGAUCCUGGGGACAAAAGGAAGCCCUCCAUGCCUGGCCAGAGGAUGCGGCUAGGACCCCCGACAGCACAGGAUGGCCACAAGCGUACUCAUUGCUUAUGACGUUUGCAGAGACCCUCCAAGGAGGAGUGAGUGCAAAGGCACCCACUAGAAAUGUGGGGCACUUUUUUUCACUUUCUCCUAUAACAUCUUUCAUGAUAACUUCAAAACUUUGAGGGAACUAGAAAAAAGUGUUCCUUCUCUCACCAGAGUUAGAGGACUUGGUGACAGUGGCUGUGCUGGAGUAUUUCUGAAGUCGCAGGAGCUGGCGUAAAGUUGUAUGCUGCCCCAUUCCCAGAAUACAUUUAAAUGCAAGGUUACGUAAGGGGCGAAGAAA